GGAAGCGGUUGGUCUCCGGAGCUGGACACCUGGAAGUUCGGCAUCGCAUCGAAGAGUGGAACACUUGGAUUCGCUUCGCUCACGGUGUGGAGCACGGGUCCACCGAGGCACGGGUUCACCAGUCCCUGCCCGGCUCGACGGUCGCCCAGAAGCGGAGUGCGCGAGUUCGAACGCGCCAUGGGCUGUGGUGCCAGCGCAGAGAAGAAGGCGGAGGAGCCUCCCGCCACGGACUCCUCCGCCGCGCCGGCCGCGGCGUCCGCGGCGUCCCCGGCGGCGGAAGCGGCGGAGUCCAAGGCUGAGGAGCCGAAGGCGGAGCUGACCAGCACAACAGAUGGAAAGGAGGUGCCAAUGGAGCAGAAGGUGCAGCUCGCCGCAGCACCCCAGGCCGAAAGUUCGGCGCCAGCGAAUCCGUGUACAGCAGCACCAGAGAUGCUUGAGGCAAUGCAAAAGUUGGUGGAUGCCACUGCGCAGGAGCAGAAGGGCUUGAAGGUGCAAGAGGUCCUGAAAGUGCAGAAUGCACAGAUGCAGCACCGCUACGACCACUUUGCCGCGGACCUCCACCGGAACUUUGGCAGCAGCAUCGCCCGGCAUGUGGUGCUCACUGACGACCUGGGGCCUGCCGAGCUGCGAAAGGAAAUCAAUGAGAUGUAUCUCUUCCACGGCACCUCCCCGACGGAGGCGAAGCAGAUCGCCAGCAGCGAUUUCGACUUCAAGGAGGAAGCAGGCCAUGUGAGAACGACCUUCGGUUUGGGCUUGCACCUUCCAGAAGCCGCCGGGCGAGCGCAUGAGAACAGCAAGGUGGAGGAUAGCUUGCGAGCCCUCUUGCUGGUGAAGGCGGUGGGAGGGAACGUGCACACGGCCGUGGAGGUGGAAGGACGAUCCGUGAAAUGCCUCAAGAGGCAGUUGGCCCAGCAGAUUGGAGUCUCGCGAUUCCGGCAGAGGUGGCUUCGUGAGGAUCACAUCUUGCAUGACGAGGAGGUGAUGGAGCUACACUUUCUGCAGGAUGCCAAGUCUGCUUCAACCAUACAGCUGGUGAUUCUGACCCUUUGCCCGCCAGAAGAUUGGCAAACCAAGAAGCUGGUUUCGGCCUGCAUGGAGAAUAACUUGAACGAACUGGAAGCUCUGCUGCAGCAGCCACUCAAUCCGGAAGCCACUGAUCAAGACGGUCAGACGGCUUUGCAGAUCGCUGUGACGGCUGGCCAUUCCGAUUGCCUCAAAAUGUUGCUUGAAGCUGAUGCGGAGAUGGACAUCGAAGACCUCUUCAGCUCUACGCCUUUGCAUGAAGCAGCUGAGAAUGGUCACUCAGAGGUUCUGCAGCUCUUGUUGAAGGCCGGGGCUAACACAGACAAAGUAACAUGUUGCGAUGAGACAGCCAUGCACCUGGCAGCUGAGAAGGGGCACUUAGAAGUAGUGCAGCUAUUGCUUGAGGCUGGCGCCCAAACCAACCAGGUUUCAGCAGAUGGCGCAAAUGUACUGCAUGUUGCCGCUGGCAAAGGACACUUAAAGGUGGUGGAACUGUUGCUUAAUUCUGGGGCUGACAAAAAUGCAGCCACUACCACGACUGGUAAAACAGCAUUACACUUGGCUGCGUCCAAGGACCACUUGCAAGUUGUGCAGGUUUUGCUCCAAAACAGUGUUGAUAAAGACAUGGUUACAAUACAUGGGGAAACAGCAUUGCAUUUGGCUGUUGAGAAUGGCCACUUGGACGUGGUACACCUCCUGCUGAACUCUGGUGCUGACAAAGACAAGGUCACCCACCACGGGGCUACGGCCUUGCAUUUGGCUGCUCGCAGCAGGAACCCCGAGUUGGUCCGGCUGGUCUUGGAAGCUGGCGCCGACCAAGACAAGGUGACAUUUGCCAAAGUGUUUUUCGCUGCUCUUUUAAUAACCAGGCUGCUGCAUAGCUUAAUUAAGUGCUUUUGGCUUCGAAUUGCGCCCGCUCCCUUGCUGUUCGUUUCCAGAGGAACGUUUUACCCAGCUCACUCUAUGUUCGUCUCAAUGUGUACAGGUUUGUUUCACUAGUGAUCUUUAGUGACACAUUUGCCAAUGCGGUGUACUUCGCCGCUCGAAAGAGUCAUCCUGAAUUGGUGCAGAGGCUCCUCUCGGCAGCAAGGUGAAGCACGACUUCAGCCCGUGGGGCACGACUUCAGGUGGUACAUGAGGUGUUGAUUUUUUGGGUGUCGCUUGCCAAGCUUUGAAGUUCAAUAUUUGUGGUGUGCACUGUUAGACGCCUGCAAAGCCACCGUGGCGGUGUAGAUGCUUGUUUCACCAGCAGACACCUGAGGCAAAUCAAAAGUAAGCGGGUUGGCCCUUUAUAAAGAGGUCAGGUGCACACAAUUUGCCGACAAAUAUUCCUUGUCCUCUCCCAAGAAGCUACCGUCAGUCAACAAGCUUGAGCUUUCGAGAAGACGGCCCCCAUUGCAGAUUUUGCAGAUUCUAGGGUUGUUCGGAAGGGACACUGAGCUGCUUCUAGCGUAGAUACAUGCAUGGUACCCAACAAGAAUUCUAACUUGUUGUAGAUGUUUGUCGCAAAUUGCCACUGGCUUCAAGGUUGUGACCUUCUCGGGAGAAAAACGGUAUUUGAAACAUCUUCUUGGACUAUAUUCUGAAAUAAUGGAGCGACUCAUGCUCAGGAACACGGAGAUAGCUCCGAGA